CUGAAGCUCGGGCACACUUCCCGGUGUGACAGCGCAGUGCGUGCACUACCGUCCGCUCUCCCUGCAGGACUUACCUACUACUCCCUCUACAACACUACAGGAGUUACCGUCCUUCCUACCUACGGGGUCUGCACCGGCACGCCUGGACUGUACCUGCGGCUCGCCUCGCUCACAGGCCCGUGCACGCCAGGACUUACGUACGGUACGAGCUCGUACACCAGCGGGACGCCAGGACUGUACCUGCGGCUUGUACGGCGCACAGACCCGACCACAACGCACGGCACGGCACGGUACGGCUAGACCAACCGCUCCAGAAGUGCUACCAGACUGUAGACCAGCCCCAGCCCGACCCACACGGGACCUGCCGCCGCCUGCCCGGAGCUGUACCUGCGGGACCGCAAACUUUUCUUCCCGGGGACCCUGGAUCCAGGGACCGCUGCCACCAUUGCGCAAUAACUCUCCUGCCAGCUGCAAAAUGGCCGACCUCGUCAACGGCGGCGACAUGCCGACCAGCCCGCUCGCCAUGCAGUACGUGAAUGACUUUGACCUCAUGCACUUGGACGUGAAACGGGAACUGGAGGAGGCGAACCAGGCGAGCUGCAUGGUGUCCUCGGGGGUGGCCGCGUCCCUGUCCGGCAGCAGCUCCGUGUGCACCACCCCAAUGUCGUCGCCCUGCAGUUCCGUGCCCUCCUCCCCCGGGUUUGAGAUCCCCAGCCCCGUGGACCAGAAGCCCAACAUCGAGGACCUGUACUGGAUGACGAGUUACCAGCAGCUCAACCCCGACGCGCUCAAGCUGACUCCCGAGGACGCCGUGGAGGCGCUGAUCUCGUCCGCGGCGGGGUACGAGGCUGGGUCGGCGGGACCAGGCUGCGGGCAGCCCGGCUCCCAUCACGCCCUGCCCCCGGCACCGCACCACCACCACCACGGGCCCGGCCACGGGGACGACCACAAGCCGCAUCACCACCACCACCACCACCCCGCCGGCCAGUCCCGGCCCAGGCUGGAGGAGAAGUUCUCGGACGACGAGCUCGUCUCUCUGUCCGUCCGGGAGCUCAACAGGCAGCUGCGCGGCUACAGCAAGGAGGAAGUGAUUCGGCUGAAACAGAAACGCAGAACGCUGAAGAACCGGGGGUACGCGCAGAGCUGCCGCUCCAAGCGGGUCCAGCAGAGGCAUCUGCUGGAGAUCGAGAAGCAGCACCUACAGAGAGAGCUGGACGAUCUGCAGAAGAAGCUACGAGACACGGAGAAGGAACGCGACGACUACAAGGCCAAGUUCGAGCGCCUCAAGUCUUACUCCAGCUCGCAGUCGUCCCCGUCCAACCCAAGCAGUCCCGAGUACUACAUGUGAGCCGCGUCGCGCCGUCGGAAGGGUUCGGAUCCUACACGGCAACACACGCACUAACUAACCAACGGACAGACGGCCGGAGCGACUCACACGCGCACGAACGGACUAACGGACGAACCGACAGGUGAGCUGUCAUGCCCCUACAUGCCCCGCAAACAGCUCCCCCUCGCGGCACGCUCGGAACUGGACACUGUACUUUGGACUCUAGUAUCACAUAGUAACCAAACGCUGUACAUACACACCCUGGACAAUUCUGAAUCCCCUUUUGGCUGGGAGUUUGACUCUUGGGGGCCCCGAUAGUAGAUUUAAGAGUUAGCUUUUUAACGUAGCAGAGGAGUUUUUAUUCAGACCAAGUCAGGAUGGUUAGUGUUCCUGUGCCCAAGCUGGCAUGUCCACCUGAGCUUGUGUUGACUGUACAUAGCGGUCCCAUAUGGAAACGGGUACAGCAGGCGACCCCAUGUUUCCAGGGCUAUUCCUGUAUAUCUGUUUACAUCCGAGAACUUCUAAAAGAAGCUAUGAGCUAUGUCCAGCUGUGGUCUGGAUAUGUAAGUACAGAGAGUAUAGUGUGUAUAUAGGAAUAUCGUGGCUUCAAACAGCCUGCCUGAUAUGAACAUAACACGACGAAAACGGACUUGUCCUAACGGGACUCGAGAGUAUGCUUUAACGUUGGUAAUGAACUAGUCGACCGCUCUGAAUGUCUGACAAGAGCUGAACUUUCUUCCACAAGUGACAGGGAAAGGCAACAUCCACGAUGCUUUGGAGGAAGAAUUUAGAGUCUGCCGCGGAGGCGCAUCAGCACUGAGAAAAACAAAAAACAAAAAAAAAUCGAAAAAGGAUAGAAAAAGACACCAAAAAAAAAAGAUGCUACCAGGUGAGAACAACAGGAACGGAGGGAUUCGAACACCUGGGUCGGACAUGGUGACUCUCUAAACCAACACUGAAGAAGGUUCUUGUUGCAACUAUGUCUGAACGGACUGGACUUCCCGACAGCGAUUGAUCUGACGCGAUCAUGAACUUGUGCCUCGACACAACAUAUUACCAUCGAGAGAUGUUUUUAGCUAUCGUCACAAAUUUCUGUCUCCAUGAUUCCAUUGCCAAAUGUCUGUGGUCCUUCGAACGUUUCCCAGUUUUGGAUGGGACAUUUUGAAAGAGAAGAAACUAUAAUGAAAAUAGAGUUCUAUUAAUUUGUGAAAUGUUUUAUGUUGUCCGUUUCUGUUGAUCACAUGUGACAGACUUUCCUGUAAUCGUAGCCGAAGCGUUCGGAGCUACUAUUAAAAGCAUGGAAAGACCUUUUAUUUUUAA